AAUUAAUCAAAAAAAUAUUGAAGGAUAUUAAAAGCAGUAGCAGGCAGGCUAUGGCUAAACAGCCGAGUACCAGAGAUGAGGAGGGACAGCCCGCAGGCAAUCACUGCGGCGACGGCGGCGAGGCGACCAUAUAUAUCCCCAGGGAGGGAGGCAAGGCAACCAGCCAGGCGCAGCAGAAACAAAACCGCCGCCUCUGCUGCCUCUUACACACAGAGCGCACUAGCAGUGGUGACUGCACCCGUUGCCGUUGGGUCGGCAUGGCCAUCCCGCUCCAGGGGAAGGACGGCAAUGGCGGCGGCGGCGGCGGCGGCGGCGGCCAGGUGGGGGGCGACGACCAGCCGUCGGUGGCGGCGGAGCUCCGCGCGCUGUGGGGCAUGGCGGCGCCGAUCACGGCGCUCAACUGCGUGGUGUACCUGCGGGCGCUGGUGUCCGUGCUCUGCCUCGGCCGCCUGGGCCCUCUGGACCUCGCCGGCGGCGCGCUCGCCAUCGGGCUCACCAACAUCACGGGCCACAGCGUGCUGUUCGGCCUCGCGUCGGGGCUCGAGCCGCUCUGCGCGCAGGCCUUCGGCUCCCGCAACCACGAGCUCCUCACCCUCUCCCUCCAGCGCGCCAUGCUGCUGCUCUUCCUCGCCGCGCUCCCCAUCGCGCUACUCUGGCUCAACGUCGGCCCCAUCCUCGUCGCGCUCGGCCAGGACCCCGCCAUCUCCGCCCCCGCCGCCGCCUACGCGCGCUUCGCGCUCCCGGACCUCGCCGCCAGCGUCGUGCUCCAGCCGCUCCGGGUGUACCUCCGCUCCCAGGGGAUCACCAGGCCCAUGGCGGCAUGCUCCGCGAUCGCCGUCGCGCUCCACGUCCCGCUCAACGUGCUCCUCGUCUUCGGCCUCGGCUUCGGCGUCCGCGGCGUCGCCGCCGCGCAGGCGCUCACCAACACCAACAUGCUGCUCUUCCUGCUCGCCUACAUCCGCUGGGCGCGCGCGUGCGGCGACACGUGGAGAGGGUGGGCGCGCCCCGCCGUGGUCGCCAGCGGCCUGCCGGGGCUCGCCAGGCUCGCCGUGCCCAGCUGCGUCGGCGUCUGCCUCGAGUGGUGGUGGUACGAGGUCGUCACCGUGCUCGCCGGCUACCUGCCCAACCCCGCCGCCGCCGUCGGCGCCGCGGGGGUGCUCAUCCAGACCACCAGCCUCAUGUACACCGUGCCCAUGGCGCUCGCGGCCUGCGUAUCCACCAGGGUGGGCAACGAGCUGGGCGCCGGCAAGCCCCGGCGCGCGCGGAUGGCGGCGAUGGUGGCGCUGUGGUGCGCGCUGGCGAUCGGCGCGGUCCACGUGGCGUGGACCUCGGCGCUGAGCCGGCAGUGGGCGGAGCUGUUCACGACGGAGCGGCCGGUGGUGCGGCUGGCGGCGGCGGCGAUGCCCAUUCUGGGGCUGUGCGAGCUGGGCAACUGCCCGCAGACCACGGGUUGCGGCGUGCUCCGCGGCACGGCGCGCCCGGCCGUGGGCGCCCGCAUCAACCUCCUCUCCUUCUACCUCGUCGGCACCCCCGUGGCCGUGUACCUGGCGUUCGGCGCCCGCGCCGGGUUCAGCGGCCUCUGGUACGGCCUCCUCUCGGCACAGGCCACCUGCGUGGCGCUCGUGCUCGCCGCCGUCGUGUGGCGCACCGACUGGCAGGUCGAGGCGAUCCGCGCCAAGAAGCUGGCGGGCCUGGAGCUCACGGCCACGACGCCCGCCGCCGCCGCCGAGGAGAGCAUUCGCCUCGUCGCCGCCAACGGUGAGCCGGCGGAGGACGUCUAGUAGUAUGUCUACCAGCAGCGUAUGGUGGGCCGCACACUGUACCUGUACGUACGUGUAGCCGGCUGCUCGAUCGAACCGGCGUCCAUGGACGCAGGAGGCAACGGAUGGCACAGUUGAUUGGCCUUUUAAAUACUAGCUCUGUGUCGUGUGGUGGCAGACGCGGGGACAAUGGACAUGCAUCCCAGUCGUCGUCGUAGCUUUAGAUUUAGGGGUAGCUCAGCUCAGCUGGUGGAGUGGAGAGAAGCGCUGCGUUGUCUUGAUUUGCUACGCGAUGGUGGUGGCCAUCGCGGCUUCGCCACUAGCGCCGGCCCGCAAUGCAAGUUGCUUGCCUGUAGCAUGCAGCAGCGGAGGGGAUCAUGGGACUGGGAGCAAGUUGUGCCGGUUGGUGCUUCUUCAUUGGAAUGGAAAAUGACCUAGCGAGCGAGCUGCAUCAGGGAUUCUUUUCAGGAUAGAUGAAAAUUCAGGGGAAGUAGGGAGGCUCUGCGCUUGCCCAGAUAGAAAUAGAAUAGCGAUGCCAUCGCCGGGCGUGGUGAUGGAUCGUAAUCCUCUUCUGCUCGAGUGGCUUUGCUCAAAUAAAGCCGCUUUCUGAUAUUCCCCUUUUGGGAGGGAGGGCAGCAUCCCGCACGUCGCUGUCGCCUUCCUCGGCUCCUCGCGGCCUCCAUCGGCUCUGACUCACGUCGGCGGCGUGUCCUCUCGUCGGCGGGGGCGUGUCCUGGGCCCUGGCUCGCAAAGAUGGCGGCGGCAUGCGACCCCGCGUCCCCGACUGCAAGAGGCCGGGCUCUCGUUACGCGUCCACGUCGUCGGGUCCGCUAGCUCACGGAGAUGACGACCGGGCCAUGCACCGGCAGCACCGCUCGUAUGGGCGUGGCGCAAGCAAAGCUACGGCACGGCAGGCGUAUAUGCAGGUUGCUGGUGAACACGGAGAUCCGUCAGGUGCCGGGUGCCAUGACGGACGACGUCUCAGAAGAUCCAUGAUCCACACACCCGCACUGACACUGUGCAGGGCGUCUCACGGAUCAAAAGUCUGGAGAUUGUGGAUACCCUUUCUGCGCAUGCCGCCGCGUCUACAAAAGGUACAUCGCAAUCAGGAGAGCCGUUGCUCCAUCAUCGGGAUAACGAAUGAAUAGGUGGGUUUUUUUUUCUUUACGAAAAGCUACUUUUCCAGGGUUGCUGUUGUGCUAUGCGCGCGGAAAGUAAAGAGUUGAGGAUAAUCUCGUAGUACGCGCUAUAACUGGAAAAAUUGUUUUUUUAUUGGAUAUUGUACGAGGAGGGUAUUAGUUGAGGGAAUCAAAUUAAAUGGAAUCGAUCUGCAGGCAAGUUCGUGGCAUUGUGGGGCUAAAAAAUGCGCAUUUAUCAACUUUUUCUUUUUUGGGUUUGGGAGGGAUGCUUGGCCUUCAAACUGUGUGAGUUGAUGCAGCAAAGCAAACAACAUCCGCACCAAAGUCAGGUCGCCGACUCUAUUGCUACUAUAUAGUACUUGUUUUAAACUUGUUUUAAUCUGAACUUCACUCUUCGUCAUACACAAAAUGCGUAGCUCUCUUACAUCGACAAAGGAAAAAAAAUCAUAUCUAGAGCGCUUGACUCAAAUUAGAGGUGGACUUCAGCAAUACAAUCUCCAAUUCGUAAUAUCCAACUCUAGUGCCCAACAGUAAACACCAUCAAUCAAUGUAGCAAAUUUAAGCUACUAGCUAGAGAAGAAUCUGCAAGUUGUAUACGAAACAAGACAACAUGAUGCAUGUGCGCUUCAUGGGUGUAUCAUCAGUAUGUAUGGUGUACCGUGUGCGUGCGUGUGUGCGGAUCUUCCUUGUAAUCACAAAAGGAAAAAGGCCCUUGCUUUGUAACAGACCUCAUUAUUCAUGCAGUUUAGUGGAAGUAUGGGGUGUCAUGGUUU